CUAUGAAGGUUGGUUACCAAUUUGGUUAUAAAACGCAUUCUAUUCCCAUUCCUAAAAUCUUUCUAAAUUUUUUUCUCUGAUUUUAAUUUUUCUCUUAUAAUUCGGGCUUUCGAUUUUAUCGAUCAAGAAACAAGAACAAGAAAAUUCAAAGAUUGUUGAUUUACGUAAACGCCUUAUAAAUAUAUUUAAAUUCGUAUAUACGAAAUUAAAUCCAAGAAACUAGAAGAAAUAAAAAUGGAUACUCUGUGUUUAAAAACUGGAAUUCACGGUAUUACACCGCCGAUCUCCGUCGGUGGCGGCGCCACCUUGGACAUACGAGCAACUGCGUCUCAGGUGAGUGCCGUUGGUAGGGAGAAAUCCAGUGUGCCACAAAAAGCAGCUUCAAGAUUCUCAUUUAGGUAUCCUUUGCAAUCUUUUUGGCCCGGGGGAGGGAAAAGUAACCGUUUUAACGGAAUGGCGGUGGACGACGCGGUUUUGGUGGAGAAUAGAGAGGAUGGAGUAAUGGAGACGGGGACAAAGGAGGGACAAAAUGGGAAUAACUGGGUGUUAAAGAUCUUACACGUGAGGUCUCUCUGGAAAGAGGAGGAAGAAUUGAGGAUUGGCGACGGUGGUGGGGGAGAAGGGUUAGAUGUUAAUGGUGGUGAUGUGGCGGUGAUAGGCGGCGGUGAUGACGAGGUGGAGGAGGAGGAGGAGGAGGAGUGUGAUGCAUGUAGAAUUGAUGAUGAUGGUCAUGAAAAAGGGUUUGAAUUUGAUAAGGAUUCAUUUUCAAAAUUGUUAAAGAAGGUUUCUUUAGCUGAAGCUAAGCUUUAUGCUCAAAUGUCCUAUCUUGGUAACAUUGCUUAUUGCAUUCCCAAAAUUAAGGCAGGGAACCUCUUAAAGUAUCGCGGCCUUCGGUAUGUGACAUCCUCGAUUGAAAAGAGGGAAUUAUCAGCAAAAGCAGAGAAACUUCAGGUGUCAUUAUCUGAAGAUGGAGAAGUAGAGGAAGGGGUAUUAGAGCAACCGGUGGCGCCAGAGGUCCGAGAAGAUAAGAAGAAUAAUGGGUAUCAUAUAAGUGCCUCUACUGCUUAUCAGAUAGCUGCCUCUGCUGCUUCUUAUUUGCACGGUCAUACAAAAAGCAUACUUCCAUUUAAAUCUUCAAAAUCUAAGACGGGUAAAGAUUCGCUUGAUGGUGGCAAUGGAAAUGUCAACAUGAUGAACUCGGAGGUUGCUUCUUUCAUGGCAACCACCGACUCAGUGACAGCUGUGGUUGCUGCAAAGGAGGAAGUUAAGCAGGCUGUUGCCGAUGAUUUGAGUUCAACAGGUUCCUCACCAUGUGAAUGGUUUAUAUGUGAUGAUGACCAGUAUACAAGAUUCUUUGUGAUUCAGGGAUCUGAGUCCUUAGCAUCUUGGCAAGCAAAUUUACUCUUCGAACCUGUUCAGUUUGAGGGGUUGGAUGUGCUAGUGCAUAGAGGUAUCUAUGAGGCUGCAAAGGGUAUGUACGAACAAAUGUUGCCGGAAGUCCAAGCUCAUUUAAAGUCUUGCGGGAGACGUGCGACCUUUCGUUUCACAGGGCAUUCUCUUGGUGGGAGCUUGUCUCUGCUCAUAAAUCUCAUGUUGAUGAUUAGAAACGAAGUGCCAACUUCAUCCUUACUUCCUGUUAUAACGUUUGGUGCACCGUCGGUCAUGUGUGGCGGUGACUAUCUCCUUCGUAAACUUGGAUUGCCACGAAGUCAUGUUCAGGCAAUUACUAUGCAUAGAGACAUUGUGCCUCGAGCAUUCUCUUGUAAUUAUCCUAGUCAUGUUGCAGAGUUUCUAAAGGCUGUGAAUAAGAACUUCAGAAAUCAUCCUUGUCUGAAUAACCAGAAGCUACUGUAUGCACCAAUGGGAGAGCUUUUAAUUUUACAGCCAGAUGAGAAAUUCUCCCCUCACCACGAUCUUCUUCCAUCUGGCAGUGGCCUAUAUUUUCUAAGCUAUCCGUUGUCUGACACAAAUGAUGCAGAGAAGCUGCUCCGGGCUGCACAGAGUUUAUUUUUGAACUCCCCGCACCCACUUGAGAUUUUAGGUGAUAAAUCUGCUUACGGUGCUGAAGGAACCAUUCAAAGGGACCAUGACAUGAAUUCCUACCUAAAAUGUGUGCGUGGUGUGAUUCGUCAAGAGCUUAAUCGUAUCAGGAAAACCAAAAGAGAGCACCGACGCAAGUACUGGUGGUCCCUCCUGGCACCACAAAGUGGUGGCUUCUUCACAGAGAGGCCUCUGGUAUCAAUCAACCUGGGGCAAAACCAGUUCAAUUUCUCUGGCGCCGUACAGACGGGCAGGGAAUCAUUGAAAAGAUUUAGCAGGCUCGUCGCAUCACAACACAUGCAUCUGCUAGUGGUUCUAUUAUUCCCGGCAAGAUUGCUGCUGCUGGGGGCAUACAGCGUGAUCAACAUUCAUUGAUCAUCUAUGUAGGUACAUUGCCUUUCUGUCUUAGAAUAUUGUACAGGCUAGAUUCACAUGGGCAUCAAGAUCAUUAGGCGAUUCUUUAUUCAUUAUAGGGAGUAGAAAAAAAUUUAUUUUCCUGUCCAUCCAUUAUAAGAUGUUGGAAAAGUACAAUACAUAUCAUUAUUAAACAGUUGGGCUAUGUUAAAGAAGAAAUUACAGUUGGGAACCUAGCUGUAAAAAUUAUCCGUA